GUGACCAAGCGGUUGGAUGCAGUCACACGUUGAGAUCCCGUCUGCCUCCAGUGAGGAAUCACAGGAGUCGAGAUGACGUUCAUCGCCAAGACCUUCUACGACCUGAGAGCCACCACGCUGGAGGGAGACUCGGUGGAUUUCAACGUGUUUCGGGGCCGGGUGGUCCUGAUAGAGAAUGUGGCCUCGCUCUGAGGCACCACCUCCCGGGACUUCAGUGAGCUCAACCAGCUUCAGAGCAAGUACCCUCAUCGGCUGGUGGUCCUGGGUUUCCCCUGUAACCAGUUCGGCUAUCAGGAGAACUGCAGCAAUGGUGAGAUCUUGAGUUCCCUGCAGCAUGUGCGUCCAGGCUGCGGCUUUCAGCCCAGCUUUACCAUCUUUGAGAAGUGUGUUGUCAACGGGACAAACACACAUCCCGUCUUUGCCUAUCUUAAAGACAAGCUCCCCUAUCCCGAUGAUGACCCCACCUCCCUCAUGCAGGACCCCAAAUUUCUGGUUUGGAGUCCCAUCAGCAGGACGGACAUCUCUUGGAACUUUGAGAAAUUCCUCAUCGGGCCAGAGGGAGAGCCCUUUAAAAGAUACAGCAAAAUGUUUCCCACCAUUGACAUAGAGCCUGACAUUCAAAGACUGUUAAGAUUAACCAAGACCUAAGAAUAGCCUCCACCUCUUAAUGACUUCUCAUCCAUCACAGUCAAAGCUAAUAUGCUGUGCUCCACACUUUUAAGCCUUAUUAAAUGAGGGUGGUAUUCUUAAAAGCUAAGGGAAUAUUAUCUGAGGCCUUAUAAGUGCUUAAAAGUAGUGGAGGAAUAAAUUAAAUCUAUGUAAAAAAUUAUUUUACAGUACAAAUGUGGGUAUACUUCAUAGAAAUGAUCACUUCUAAAGCCAGGUAUUUUCUUAUGCAUGUCCUUUUGUUUCUUGUCCUGUGCUAGCCUGGCCAGCAGAUGGUGCUGCAGAUUUGAUCAUACAAAAAGAUAACUUGUUGUGUUCAUUCUUUUAUGAAUUAACAUUCAUCACACACACACACACUCACAACAUGUUUGCACUGGAAUAAAACCCUAAAAAACAAUA